CAAAAGUAAAAAAAAAGAGGACCUUUUUUCGUUUUUUUUUUUCUUUACUGCUUGGGGCAUCUUUUAUUCCUUUUUUCUUUUUUUUUGGGCGCUUUUGCUUUUCCAUGUCUUCGUCUGUCCCGGAUACAGAAACCAGGAUACCAGGCGAAACGACCGAUUCCAGUCCUCAACCGACUUUAACACCAAGCUCUUCUGACGACGCCUCGGAUCCUAAGACUGAAGCUUCCGCUCCCGCUUCUCAAACACCCACUUCAGACUCGACGCCCGAACCUACCGAGACACCGACGCCCACUGGCACCGAGGAAACUCCAACGCCUUCACCCAAACCAUCCGAUCCAACCGAUUCUCCCUCGAGCAAUCCUACCGAGCCUUCCAAUUCUAAUAGUAUGGAACCAUCCAAUAGCAGCAGUGGUUCGCCCACAGGCACUCCGUCCUCUUCCGAACAAGUACCUACGCCUACCUCCUCCGAAAACACCCCUUCUUCCACACCAACGGAAACUCCUCCCACGUCUUCGGAUCCACCACCUGACCCGUCUCCUACUACAACCGUACCAACAACGAGUAGUGAACCGGCACCGACGACGACCGAUCCGCCACCGCCAUCCAGCACGACGUCUGAUCCACCACCGACGACUACGCCAGCACCUCCUUCGACAACAACAAACGAGCCUCCACCCAGUACGACAACCGACCAGCCACCCACUACCUCACCUGAUCCUCCUUCUCCGACUACCACCACUACACCUUCUCCCACCUCGUCUGAUCCUCCUCCACCCGACACGUCAUCGCAUGUAACGUCAGCACACAGUAUUACUGUCACGACCCAUGUUCCUACCUUGACAGAAAUUGUGUCUAACGGCAUCACUAUCACCGUGACAACCGUUGUCCCAACUAGAACUGUCAUACCGUCGUUGGCUGGGGAACAAAGUGGAUCUAAUGGAGGCAACGAUGGAUCUCGUACCGCGAAAAUUGUGGGUGGCGUUGUUGGAUCGGUGGUGGGUUUAGCGUUGAUUGUGGCUGGUAUUGUGUUCCUUCGACGUCGACACCGAAAAGGCAUUUUGUUGAAACAGCAAAGGAACCGGGCGUACGAUGAAGAUUUCUAUGCAGAUCCUUAUCGACCAUCGGCGGACUGGUCGAAUCGAUUUCAGAUGGGCGGAUUCCCAGGGACAGGUGAAAAUACCAAUACGACGCUGAGCACCAACAUGGAAGAAGACGACUUUUACCCUAAAAUGAGUCAACGAUCCUCUUGGUGGUCUCACUUUAGACGAUCACGAUAAAAAAAAUGAUCAUGUAUAAACUUUUAUCCUUUUUUAUAUGUUACCCCUUAAAACGGCUGUAUAUUGCAACAAAAAUACACUCACAACCUUCUUUUUUAACAUUUUGUAAACCCCAGAGCUACAAAAAAAACUAAUCAAAUAGGAAAUUUCUGUUUCUAUGGUAAAUAAAUAAAAAAAAGAAGGCCAAUGGAAGAGCAUUUAACGCUGUGUGUCGCAUCCACGUGAUUUGUUUCUCGGAUCGAGUGUGCAUGAUUUUCUCAAUUUGCCUGUGUUCCAUCUUCCGUUGCACUCCCUCUUACUUGUUUCCC